CAACAUUUCAGUUUCCCCUGCAGGCAAAUUAGAAAUGAAACUGCUCUUUCCACCAGUGGUGACAACUGAAUAACCCACAAUUUCUCCAGCUGGGCCUUUGAAAAAUACCAAGAACAAGAGACUACUCAAUCCUAUUUUUAGGGAAAAAUCUCCAUCACAUUAAAGCACAUGUGCCUUGUUAUAAUAAACAGCAACCAUUAUCAAACAGCUUCAUUAAAACAGAAACUUUGGAAGAUGUGCGGUUUGUGACAAUAAGGAAGUGAUGCUGCCUAAUUAUACACACAUUGAUCCAACCCAGCCACCUGCUAGUUUCAUUACAUUAGUUAGUAGGUAAUGAUCAAUGUUACAGUUCUUUCAGUAUCCAACAGAACUCAUAGCAGGACCCCUUUUCAAUCGUUCAUGCGAACAAUGCUCUUCCACUUGGGAAAUGCCACAGCUUCUGCCCAGAUGUGUGUGGCACUGCUGGCCCUGUGGUAUUGUCUCUGUGUAUCAGCAGCCAACGUUUCUUUUCCAAAAACUCUGCCAUGUGAUGUAAGCGAGACCAUCAACGGGAGUGAGGUCAAAGUGGACUGUACUGAGAGGGGCCUCAAAGAAAUCCCAAGCGGCAUCCCCAGAGACACCACCAAUCUGACACUCACCAUCAACCAUAUUCCGAAAUUAAACUCCUCCUCCUUCCACGGUCUACAUAACCUAACUGAGAUAGACAUGAGGUGCAACUGUGUGCCUAUCAAAAUUGGUCCCAAAGACCGCAUGUGUACAAAGAGCGUGACAAUAGAGGAAAACACCUUCACCAGCAUGAGGAGUCUGCGUGCUUUGUAUCUGGAUGGCAAUCAGCUCUCCAGUAUACCGAAAGGCCUGCCUUCAAAUGUGAUCCUGCUGAGUUUGGAAGUGAAUCACAUUUAUUACAUUUCUAAAGCAAACCUCUCCGGGCUCAGGAAUGUUGAGAUGCUUUAUCUUGGUCAAAACUGCUAUUAUCGUAAUCCUUGUAAUGUUUCCUAUGAUAUAGAGCACGGUGCAUUUUCUCAGCUGAGCAAUUUGACAGUGUUAUCCCUUAAAUCAAACAACUUAUCUUUUAUUCCACACUAUCUACCCACAAGCCUGAAGGAGUUGUAUCUCUAUAACAAUAACAUUCAGGAAGUCACUGCUGAGGAUUUCAAAAACUUAACCAACCUUGAAAUUCUAGAUAUAAGUGGAAAUUGUCCUCGAUGUUAUAAUAAUCCUUUCCCUUGCAACCCAUGUCCAAAUAACUCACCACUAAAAAUCCACAACAUGGCAUUUAAAAUGUUAACAAAACUGAAGAUGCUCCGCCUGCACAGCAACUCUCUGACAUGCGUGCCAUCUGCAUGGUUUGCCAACACAAAAGAACUUAAAGUACUCGAUCUCUCAUCAAACUUUUUAGCAAUAGAGAUAGGAGUCACCAAAUUCCCACACUGCUUGCAAAAACUCGAAGAACUGGACCUUUCAUUUAACUAUGAGCUUAGGCGGUAUCCUCAAACGCUGAGACUGAGUGGCGCUUUCUCUUCUCUCAAGUCCCUCAAAAUUUUCAGACUAAGGGGUUUUGUGUUUCAGCAGCUAAAAGCCGAGAGUAUUGAACCUUUGAAACACCUCCCAAACCUGGAGGUUGUAGAUCUUGGUACAAACUUCAUUAAAAUGGCAAACCUUAGUAUUCUGAUGGAAUUUAAAAGCUUUAAAAUAAUCAGCCUGUCUGACAACAAAAUAUCUUCCCCCUCUGACAGCCAAGAUGCUGUUGGUUUUACUGGAGGAGAGCCCUUAGACUGGUCUCCAAUGUCAGCCGUGGCUCAGUACCAAAGUCAGGAAGUAAGAGAAAUACAUUACUUCAGAUAUGAUGAAUAUGCCCGCAGCUGCAAGAACAAAGACAGAGAACUUGGGGUUGUUAAGUCCUUUGUCAAAAGUGAGUGCAGUCAGUUUGGCAAAACCCUAGAUGUAAGCAGAAACAACAUCUUCUUCUUGCAGGCAAAGUUUUUAAAUCUUGGAGAUCUGAGAUGCCUCAAUCUGUCUGGAAAUGCAAUGAGUCAGAGUCUGAACGGCUCUGAGUUUUCUUACCUGACCAAUUUACAGUAUCUGGACUUUUCAUUGAAUCGUCUGGACCUGCUCUACUCCACUGCAUUUGAAGAGCUAACAAGUCUGGUCAUCCUGGAUAUAAGUAACAACAACUAUUAUUUUGAAUCUGAGGGCUUGACCCACAUGCUUAAUUUCACUAGAAAUUUGAAGAAUCUCAAAGUAUUACUGAUGAACCACAAUAAGAUCUCUACAUCUACAAACACAGAGCUGGAGAGUCAAUCUCUUGAGAGGUUAGAGUUCAGAGAUAACCGGUUAGAUAUGUUGUGGAGAGACGGGGACACCAGAUAUUUUAAGUAUUUCAAGAAAUUAGUCAACCUGACAGUCCUUGACAUCUCUCAUAACAACCUCAAUUUUAUUCCAGAACAAGUGUUCAGCAGUCUACCAGACAAGCUGUCUGAACUCUACAUCAAAUUUAAUAAAUUAAAAUCCUUUGCUUGGGAGAAACUACAGUUUCUACAUUCUUUGCAAGUCUUAGAUCUCAGUGGAAAUAGUUUAGAGACCGUUCCAGUGCUAUCGCACUGUACCAAAUCUCUCAAGAAACUAAUUUUACAUAAAAACAAAAUACAAAAACUUGGGCAAGAUUUCCUCAAAGGUGCUUACAACUUAAAAUAUCUGGAUCUUAGUUUUAAUAGCAUACAGCACAUUGAAAGCUUUCCAGAUUCUGUUAAUGAGAUGGACAUGCUCCUUCUGCAUAACAACAGAUUUCUGUGUAAUUGCAAUGUCACAUGGUUUGUAACAUGGCUCAAUAGCACCACAGUAACCAUCCCCAGACUGGCCACAGAUGUGACCUGUGCAGCACCUGGUGCACAAAGAGGUCAUCCUCUAAUCUCUGUUGACCUGCUGGCCUGCCAACACAACUAUUUGUCAAUCAUUCUCUACACUAUCAUGACUUCCCUUGUCCUCAGCUUCCUCACCCUGUCCAUCUCUAGUCAUCUCUUCCUGUGGGACGUCUGGUAUAUAUACCAUUUUUGUAGGGCCAAGAUUAAAGUCUAUGACCGUCUGUACUCCCAGAGAUCUGUCUAUGAUGCCUUUGUCAUAUAUGAUAAGGAGGAUCUUGCUGUGUCAGAAUGGGUGAUGAAGGAAAUGUGCGUUCAGCUGGAGAGCUGUGGAGACCACAGUGUUACACUGUGCUUAGAGGAACGGGAUUGGAUCCCUGGAACUCCUCUAAUUGACAACCUGUCCCAGAGCAUUCACAGGAGCAAGAGAACUGUGUUCAUUCUCACAAACAAAUACAUCAAAAGUGGCAAAUUCAAGACAGCUUUCUACUUGGCCCAUCAAAGGCUAAUGGAUGAAAAAAACGACGUUAUAGUACUGAUCCUUUUAGAGAAAGUACCGUGCAAUUCAAAGUACCUAAGCCUGCGGAAGAAACUGUACAAGCGAUCUGUGCUGGAAUGGCCAACAAAUCCUCAAGCUCAGCCAUACUUCUGGUUCAGCCUGAGAAAUGUAUUAGCAACGGAAAGCCACAAACAAUACAACAACCUCUUCAAAGAGACAUUGUAAGUGCUACAGUGCACUGAAAUACUUCUUUCAUUUCAGAUUGUUGUGUAUGUACUUCUGUGUUUUAACAAUAAUGUGUACCAUUCCUACCAGUGAAACUACCAGCAUAUCGCAAAAAAGAGAAAUGAAACAAGUACUUCUUCAUUUCACAUGAUACUUUUGUCAGAGAGGCUGUCCGUCUUUGACUACUGGCUAGUUUGUUUGCCUGUGUUUGACUUCAGAAAGAGUAGUGUUUUUUCAAGAAUCCUAUGUAUGGUAAAAAUGUAGAUAGCUGAUGUGACACAAAGCAGGUAUAGCUUUUUAUAGAUAGCUGAUUUCAAAUGUAACCUGUGAGUGUGAAAAAACUACAUUUUUAAAGGAUCAUGAGGAAUACAUUCAAUGCAUGCACAAUGGCAGGUUUUGGAGGCAGAUGGGGUGACGUCAUGGGUUCAUUUGCAUAUUGAGCGGUAUUUAUAGGGUGGGCGCAGCCGAGAGGAACACUCUGCUGCAGCGCGAGAGACUUCAUCUUGCAGUUCGCCGACAGACUCACUGACCCUCAGCCAACAUGUCUGACAAACCUGAUAUCACAGAAGUCACAACUUUUGACAAGACAAAGCUGAAGAAGACCGACACCCAGGAGAAAAACACACUGCCAACUUCAGAAACCAUCGAGCAGGAGAAGUCAGGAUGAAGGCCAGUCCUCCUGUAUGCCGAACAUUCCUCUUUCCUCACUCCCUUUUGACUUUACACCGUGCAUUCCAAGUUGGAGUACCCUUUUGACCAAAUAAUGGCUGCUCAAAUGUGUGCCGCUCGUUUCUCAGAUGUCCCUUUUUGUACAGGAAGGAAGUGUGGGUUCCGGGUCAUCUGUUCGUUGCUGUGGGUGAUGGUCUUGUGUAAAUUAACAACUGGGAAGAUUCACAUGAUCUGAUGCUUUUCUCUACUCUGGCCACCUGUGAAUGAUUGCAAAGCAAGUGUUCUGUUUAUGUUGUAAGGCACUUCAACUGGAAUGUUCAAAUAUGCAAAAUAAAAAAUGUCAAUUGA